AUGGAGACACUUGACCUGCCUCAAAUCCUGGCGCGGACGAGGGCAUUGGUCCGUGACAUCGGUGCCGGUGGUGUCCAUGAAGUAUGUCUCGGCGCCAGGGCUGGGAAUAUGGACAUUGGCCCAUAUCAACGGUGUUUCGUCUGCAAUGGUGUGAACCACUUUGCCAGAGACUGCUUGGCUCGUCAAGACACCUAUAGCGGCAGGAGCCAGAGGAGCGCUGGACGCACUUCAAGACGUGGUGUGAGGUGCUACCGCUGUGGUGUCCUGGGCCACAUCGCGUUGGCAUGCCCGGGAAACGACCGUGGAGGGGAGGCGUAA